CAUCACUUGACCAUAUAAACAGGACAUUGUCUCCCUUGUUGUCACUUGUGCUACGAUGGCCUUUUUUGGACAUCUCGUCCUUUGUUCGAUCCUAGCUACUUUGUCUACUUCAGACCUUGUUAUUGAUGUAAAACCUAACGUGAUUUCACCAGAGAUAACACCCCAACUUGUGAUCAACUGUUCUAUAACCAACAAUCAAGUUCAACAUCUUCGUGUUCUUAAAUCUUUAACUCUUUCUCGUUAUAAUGAAAAUACUAAAGAAUUUAAUGACCUUUUUACAUUAAACUCUUCGACACUAGAUCUUAAACAACAACUGCAAUUAAAAUAUUCACAAGUCAGUUUUGGAAACCUGUAUAUAACUUUAUCUCUACCUAAUCCAACUCAGUUUGAUGCUAAAAUAUACAGAUGCAAUGCCACUGGAGACAAUGCAGACGGGGCGAAUAUUUCUUUGUUUGCUAAGAAGGCAGUAGAAUAUGAAACAAACUCGACCGCAUUAAUUGAAGAGAUUCGACAUUGUAAGAAAAACGAGAACAUUUGUAAAUGUUCUUUGAAGAAAGUCGACCAUGUUGAAAUCACUCAAAAAUCAAGAUUUCAAUUUUACGCAAGUUCUGAAAUUAUUCAAGAACUAAUUGAGCCUUUGACUUUGAAGUGUUUAUUUAAGACUUUAAUUCAAGGUCAGAAGGAAACUUCUACUCUUCAAUCGUUGUACAUAAUUCAUGAGAUCAACGGUGUCAUUGCAUUUAUAAAUAAACAACAACCCGUUGUUACACCAAUAAUAGAUGGUCAUUUAAAAAAUGUGGAAGGUGAAAUCUUUGACAACGAAUCAAAAGAUUCCUAUCUUCAAGUCACGUGGAACAAUUUGAAACAUUCAGAAUCUGGAAAAUAUUUUUGUGAAGCUCAUGUCAACUGUUCAGAUGGAAGAUUUGAUAAGCUCAUUGACAUUGUAACAAUAAUAGUACGAGGUUCAACACUAGAGGAUUUGGUGAAAGUAAUACAGAAAUUACAAAGACAGGCUGAAGUAGACCAAGAAAGCCUACAAAAUAAUGAACAAAAAAUAAAGGCCAUUAAAGAAGAUGUGGAUACUAACAAACAAAGUAUAAUAAGUGUUAAAGAGGAUUUGAAUACUAAACAAGAAAGUAUUCUAAGAAUUGACAAAGAUUUGGAUGCUAAGCAACAAGAUAUUAUCAGUCUUAAAGACAAUAUGAAUACUACCGAGAAAGAUAUUAUACGCAUUAAGGAAGAUGUGUAUACUAAUCAAGAAAAUAUUUUGAGCAUUACAGAAAAUAUUGAUACGAAUAAACACAACAUGAGCAGCUUGCUAGAGAAUCUGACCAUGGUGGUAGCUAAUGUUUCGACAGCAUUUCUAGAAGUACAAAACCAGAUUGACGAAGUUAAUAAAUUACCUCAGCGUUACUUUGUGCCACCCACGUCUUGUCGUAACGUCACCAGUCCUAAAGCCCGUGUUAUUGUGACAUUAGCUUCCGGGUUAAAGGUCAUGUGUGACACCAAGACAGACGGUGGUGGAUGGAUCAUCAUUCAGAGAAGAAUCAACGGAAAAGUAGAUUUCUUUAGAGGCUGGAAGGAGUAUCGUGACGGCUUUGGAGAUUACAACAUUGGCGAAUUUUAUCUGGGAAAUGAAAAUAUUUUUAAGUUAACUUCUGAUGGACUAUACGAUUUAAGAAUAGAUUUAGAAUUUAAAAACAAGACAUACUUUGUACAGUACAACGACUUUAAUGUAUUUAGUGAGACUGAUAAAUAUAAACUGCAUAUAGUAGGAAAACAUUUUGGAAACGCUGGUGAUAGUUUAUCAUAUAAUAAUUUCAUGUUCUUUAGUACAUUUGAUAGAGAUAAUGACAAAAGAAGUGAUAUAAACUGUGCGCAAUACUAUGUAGGUGCCUGGUGGCACAAUGGAUGUCAUUAUUCCAAUCUUAACGGCAAAUGGGGAAGUAAAUUGAGAGGUGAGGGCCUGAUGUGGUACGCGGUAACUGGAUAUCAUGACGGUGUUUCCUUUAGUGAGAUGAAAAUAAGAGAAAGAACAUAAGAGACAUCAUGUUUUGAUGAGGAUCCUACGGUGUAGUGUCGAACAAAACGAUACACGUAGUCUUUAUUUAUAAAGGCAUUAAUUAUUUCUCUUAUGGUGUGAACAGCCUAGCAUAACUCUUAUUAUUUUUGUGGAAAAGAAAACAAAUUAUUGUUACAAUUCUAUUGCUUGAAUAAAGUGGUUUGCAUUUUA